CGCUGUCGUGAUUGGUCGCCGCGUCCCGAUGUCUCGCGCACAGAAUUUAAACUAGUCGCGAUCGAGUUCAUUGUGAGAAGCAAUGUUUUGUUCGCCAAUACAAGUUUACGUUCUCUCAACAAAGCUGAUUUGAGACAGUUUUUUUUCGUAAUGAUUGUGAAUAUUACACAGAUAUGUUCUGUUGCCUAAAACUAAAACUGGAUACAUAUGGUUUAAUGAUUGUACCGAUUACAGUCUGACCUCGCAUAGAGGUAAAUAACAUUAGUGAAACGGUAAAAUGGAAUUACCCUCAUCUGCUCUUCGGCGAGUUCUAAGAGGAGGAAUAUCAACUUACAGAAAUGAGGUGACAUCGACAGUUGGAGCUGCAAUAUGAAAAUCAAGCAUUACCCAGGAAAAGCGGUCAUGGAGGACCCGUGGCUCUCGAUCGGUGAUAGGACUAUGGACUUGGUGUACGCUGCGAAUUGGGUUGGAGCAAGGAAUCUCAGUAAUUAUAAUGAAAAUGAUCAUAGUUCUAAUAAGACUAAGUUCAACUCAAUAUCACGAAGCAAGUCCUGCAGAGACGUAGGGCGCGGAAAUGACAAAAUUUACGAAAAACCGUACUCUGACGACAGUGGUUUCUACUCUAGCAUCGUUCCUAAUGAAAAUAUAUCUCAACUAGCCAAAUAUCAACAAAAUAUAGAGGAAAAGGCGCGAGCCAACAAUAAUCUCAUAGCUCAAAAUAAGUUGAAGCAUAGUUAUAGUUUUAAAGACAUGCCCAACGGGUAUAGACCGUCUACGUUAAGGCGUGUAAAACGAAGAAAUUUUACAGAGUGGGAUAUUGAAGCUUUUGGAAGCAACGGUAAACAAGCGCCUGUGCCUCCACAGCGGAAGGACUCUUUAAAAUAUGCACAUAGACAAAGGAAAGUAGAUUCUAAGAAAAACUAUUAUCCACUACCUGACCCCGGCCCAGUGCCGCCUGACCCUGCUUCCGAAUCUUACUACGAAUACUAUUCAAGAGUUAGUCAACAGAACAAUGAUACUGAUAGCGAUAAGAUUAAACUAUUGAAGAAUGACACGAAGAAGGAGAAGUACCCACAUAACGGGGAGUCCUCAGAGGCUUUCCCAAGCAAUUUCGGGAACGAUGCAAUGUACCAGAUAAUCAACACAAUGGCUACCCUAGACUUGACGCCAAUGAAAUCCAGAUCAGGGCAGCAAAAAGCCGCUGUGGAUUGUGAAGCGGAAGAUUUGGGGCUAUACAUGCGGCCUAUUAAUGGAUCGUUAUCUACAUGCGAACAACUUCCGAACCACACUACGCAACCAGUUAACGAACGAAACGCACGUAUUGAAGAUGUUAAGCCGAGCUUCCGGUCUAAAUCAUUGAGAGUUAAGAGCGAGGGCCGAGCGCCUCUGCGGGCUUACCUUGACGCGGUGCAGCGCGACAGCUCACACAAUGACGUCACCGUCACGCAGCCCAAGAGGAAUCUGUCUCCAAGCGAGCAGCUGACCAUGAUGCAGUUUGACAUGUACAACGGAAACCAACAUCCCCCUCUAUCAACAAACGGGUUCGCCGUCGAUUUGGGAAAGGAAAGUGACAGUCGGACUACGAACGGUGUUACGAAACAUAUUAAACGUGAUAGGUAUGGCAAGUUGUACAAUACAGUGAGAGUGAAAAGUGACGAUAGGUAUGAUAGGUACGCUGACAUUAUGUCUUUUGGAGCGCCAAAGGACCGUAUAAGCGAGGAACGGGUGUCGAAUGGCAAUGGUGUUUACGCGAGGAGUGCGAAAAGUUCGUCUAGUGGUUCGGACUCUGACUUCUCUAUACCGCGGCCAAAGCUGAUAGUGCCUGUUCACACGUAUGGGACACGGAAGAGAAGGACAGGGAAUCUGUGUCAGCGGGACAGUAACGCCACUGAGUCGUCACUGGACGCUGGGAUAAUCCUGGAUGUCACGCGCCUGGAAGAAGAGAAACAAGCUGAAAAGCCCCAGCGCAAUGAAGAACCAGAGGGCCGCGUGGAGGUCUCCCGCGAGAACAAAUACCUCAGCACCAUGGCUCCCGGCAAAGUCUUCGGCGAGCUGGCCAUCCUGUACAACUGCAAGCGAACGGCCACCAUAAAGGCUGCAACCGACUGCCGUCUCUGGGCCAUCGAGCGGCAGUGCUUCCAGACUAUCAUGAUGAGGACUGGGCUGAUCAGGCAGGCGGAAUACACGGACUUCUUGAAGAGCGUCCCAAUCUUCAAAGAUCUACCAGAGGACACGCUCAUAAAGAUCUCCGACGUGCUAGAAGAGACACACUACCAGAACGGCGACUACAUCAUCAGGCAAGGGGCGCGGGGUGACACUUUCUUCAUCAUCUCGAAGGGACAGGUCAAAGUGACCCAGAAACAGCCCAACAGUAACGACGAGAAAUUCAUUAGAACUCUCACGAAAGGCGAUUUCUUCGGCGAAAAGGCAUUGCAAGGGGACGACCUCCGAACGGCAAACAUCAUCUGUGAUUCGCCAGAGGGCUGCACCUGCCUCGUGAUCGACCGAGAGACCUUCAACCAGCUCAUCUCCGCCCUUGACGAAAUACGCACCAAGUACAAGGACGAGGGAGAUAGCAGAGCAAGAUUAAACGAGGAGUUCGCCAACCUCCGGCUCUCUGACCUGCGGAUAAUCGCAACUCUAGGUAUCGGCGGUUUCGGGCGCGUGGAGCUGGUGCAGAUACAGAACGACUCGAGCCGGUCUUUCGCUCUGAAGCAGAUGAAGAAAGCCCAGAUCGUUGAAACCAGACAGCAACAGCACAUCAUGUCGGAGAAGGAAAUCAUGUCGGAGAUGAACUGCGAGUUUAUAGUGAAACUGUUCAAGACGUUUAAGGAUAGAAAGUACUUGUACAUGCUGAUGGAAACUUGCCUCGGAGGCGAAUUGUGGACUAUUUUAAGAGACAGAGGACAAUUUGACGAUGCUACCACUAGGUUCUACACUGCGUGUGUUGUUGAAGCUUUCCACUAUUUACAUUCUAGGAAUAUUAUUUAUAGAGAUCUCAAACCAGAAAACCUUUUACUGGACUCGAAGGGCUACGUGAAGCUGGUGGACUUCGGCUUCUCCAAGAAGCUGCAGGCCAGCCGCAAGACCUGGACCUUCUGCGGCACGCCCGAGUACGUCGCGCCCGAGGUCAUCAUGAACCGCGGCCACGACAUCAGCGCGGACUAUUGGUCCUUAGGUGUACUCAUGUUCGAGCUGCUCACUGGAUCUCCGCCGUUCACGGGCGCCGACCCCAUGAAGAUCUACAACAAGAUCCUCAAGGGCAUAGACGCGGUGGAAUUCCCCCGCUGCAUCACGCGGAACGCCGCCAAUCUGAUUAAGAAACUGUGCCGCGACAACCCUGCGGAACGGCUGGGAUACCAGCGGGGAGGCAUCACUGAGAUACAGAAGCACAAAUGGUUCGACGGCUUCAACUGGGAAGGCCUGGCGCAGCGCACCCUUGACCCGCCCAUCACGCCAGUCGUAAAGUCCGCCAUUGACACGCACAACUUCGACCAGUACCCGCCCGACGGCGAGGAGCCUCCGCCCGACGACCUCUCAGGCUGGGACGCCACAUUCUAGCCCGAGCGAGACGCAAGAUCGCUGUGAGCGAGACGACACGUCUCCCAUGCCACGUCACGUCUUCGUUGAAGUUGAAGCGACGCAUCUGAAUCUUAACUAAAGCCUAGUCUGUGAGCAUGUAGAAUUUUGUCCAAUGACCCCAAGCUACCCACCCAUCGCACUCACUGCGGGCGCCCGUCGCACAGUCGCGACAGCAAUAUAAUUACGCGCGAGCGAUAAGGAUAGGUAGCUUGGGGUCAUUGGACAAAAUUUGCUGCUCGCAGACCAGACUAUACUCUUUGCCGAGUCAAAAAACGAUGCAAUUUUAUUUUAUCGUCGCUAUGAAAGUUACUAAUCGAAUACGCGGUUUACUUACUUUUGUAUGUACAGUUAAACAAAUGUAAGCUAUUUCUCACGUAGAUAACGAGUUAUCUAUGCAGUUCGAUUUAACAGAAUCUUAAUGUUACGUGUACUUUGUUUAUAAUAAGGCUUGCCAAGUAUUUAUCACGUGUAAGAAUGCGCACUUGUAAAUAGUACACUAUCGUGUUUUAUAAUGGGAUUCUUAAUUCAUUUAUUUCAUGAAUCAUUUACCUAGUUUCAUUUCUGUUUCUUACAUAAAUAAAUAAUAAUUUAAGAAUUUAAUUGUAAAAUUCGAUGUAGGUAUCUUCUAUUCAAUGAAAUUUUAUCCAAAAACUUUUACAAGUUAUGCAUUAUCUAUUAUUUCAAUAAACACUGAACAUUUUACCUUAGGACGCAUUACUGUACGGCUGAACCAUUUAAGAACCUAGUAAGUGCAGCGGAGCAAAUUUUACAGGAGAGCGAAAAAACGCAUUUUCAUUUGCCCUGCUAAGAUGCUUAAAGAUUUGGAUAACUUCCGAUGUUUAUAUUAAAGAUUAGUUACUAAAGUAUACUUUAUGGAAUAAAAGAAUAUAUUUAGUUAAAAAUUGCAAGUUUUAUGCUCUUUACUAACACUAAAAAUUAUUUUUUUGACAAAAGUGCCUCGUAAAAAUCAAAAUCAAAAUCGAAUAUGAAUCAGUACUCAUGUAGUCCCCAGAUUUUGAUAUGGUUAUCGAGUGUCAGCCAACAGAACUCGAAAUAAUAUUUAAAUUACAGUAGCAUUUUACCUCUAGUAAGUCACAUUGACCAUUUUGAAACCUAGUAAGUCCAUGCACUUACUAGGUUUUAAAUGGUCAUUGUAACUUGCUAGGUUUUGAUAAUGGUUUUUGCAGAUUUGAAUUGGACUUACUAGGUUAUUAGCAACGCGUUUCUCCGGUGUUAAGUGUAAUAGAGCGAUUUCUGUCUUCACAUCCUGUGGAGACCUUAGUUCUAAGGUGAUUUAUGACAAAAAACGAAAAUCUGCAAAAGUGUCCCUUACUAGGUUCUUAAAUGGUUCAGCCGUGUAAUAUUUGUGUACGUAUUUAUAAUCAUAAAUCUAUUAUAAACUAUAUGCAAUAUUCGGUGCGAAAAAAUGUGAUGUGAAUUUAAAAUAUUUUAUGUGCCAACUUUAGCUAGAUUUAGGAAGUGUUGUUGCCAAUUUUCUCUUCUGUAUUUAAAACUAAUCUUUGACAGGGUCACCACAAAGCCAAAAUACUGUUACCACAUUCAGUAAUAUCGAGAUUGGCCUAUUGCAACAUCGAUCAGUCUAUAGUAGUUAACUAAUUAUAGUCAUAAAAAAUAUUUGACUAGUACAAUGAAAUCACUACAUGAUACGUUGUAAUCAUAAACGGGAAAUUUUAAAUGAAAUACUAUUCACAAAUUUAAAAAAAAUCCAUGAGGUGCUCAAAAAAUUACAAUAAAAUUUACAGUUAUAUCAUUUUGAUUUCGACGAACUUUACCAAGAUUAUAGUUAAUGUUUUUAAUUAUUUAUUAAGUUUAAUAUAGCUUACUAUCAAAGUUUGAAUAUCCAAAAGUCCACUAAUAGAUUUCCUAGUUAGUCUAUAGCGAUUGGUUUAGUUUUGUCAUGUACUAAACAUUGGUUUUCAACGGUAGCUAUCUCCAAAACAUGACAUAAUUUUAAGACUUAUCUUAAUAUGAAUAAAAGCUAAAAUAGUCAAUUUUUUAUUAAGUAUUCCAUUAUGUGACAAUGUUCACAGUGUAAAUAUGUAAUGAAUUUUAAAAUUUUAAUGUAACAAAGAUGCGUUUGGAUUUAAAAUGCGGUGAAAACUGUGUAAUUUAUGAAAUGAUUAUUUUUCUAACUAUUGUAGGAACAAUUAUUUUUUGUAAUCAUAGGCUAUUAAAAUGAUUAUUUUAUUGAUUCUGAAGAAUGUAAAAAUAUACAUUAUUUCAAUCACA